GUGCUAGAAUGAGAAUCUUCUUGGUUAGCUUGAUAAACAUCUCUUUGAACGGAAAGAGACAUGAAUACAUAGUUACAACACGCUGCCUGCACUCCUUUUCAUCUCUAUACACACAAACGAAUUAUAAAUUUGAAGCAUGUGACACUUGGGAUUCACAUCAGUCUACCUAGAGACUUUGAAAAGCAUUCAACAUUUGGAAAAUUAUGGCCACGGCAAUUUGCUGUAAGUGCAAUGAAGUAGUGAAACCCCGCGUAGUAAGCGCCUUGGGUAAGACAUAUCAUCCACAUCAUUUCACGUGCAAGGAAUGCGAGCAACCGAUCGGAUUAUUGGCGUAUAGUGUGGUGGAUGACGAACCGGUUUGCAAUACCUGCUACCGGGAGAAGCAUGCAUCCCGAUGUUAUGCCUGCGGAAUGGCAAUACUGCAGCGUGGCAUCAUCGCCGUCGGCCGCAAGUGGCACGAGAAGUGUUUCCGGUGCGUAAGUUGCAGCAAAUCACUGGUGACUUCGACAUUCUUCGAAGUCAACGGAUAUCUGUUCUGCAAGCUCGACUUCCGGGAAUCGUUGUUGUCCCGCUGUGCUGGCUGUGCGGAGCCCAUCGAUAAGAAUGCCGUCGUUGCCUUGAACACCAAAUGGCACUCAAACUGUUUCAAAUGCUGUAUCUGCCAUCGGCAGAUAACAGGAUACAAAUUCAGCAUCAGGAGUGGUCGAGCUGUAUGCAUCCAGUGUGCUAACUAUAGAGAGGGCGAGUCCAAUGGAGAUGCAUAAUUCUAGUUCUGGUCCCGUUCUCAUGGCCACGCACCUGUUGACCGUUCAUUGAAAGCCCGUUGGAAAACGUGACAAAGCCCAAGGCGUAUCCAAAUUCCCAGUAGUUGUCGA